CGUUAUUGCUUUGCGCAUCUCGCAUCAUCAUCGGCCCAAUCCCCUGACACAUAGUUACGUUACUUACAUACAUAGAAACAUUCCAAGAGGAGAACCUCCAUAUUGAUGAGAAUUGGGGGACUCAUUCGUGACUGUGACCGCCUGCCAAGGAAGCUACUGUAUAUGUAGAUAGCUGGGCUAAAGAGCCUGUGUAACCAAAAGAAAAUAUGCAAAAAAAAUGUUUCAGCAGGGCGGCACGCGCAGAGAAUGCCAGGCAUGCCAAGCUGGUCCGCGAUCUUGCGAAAGAGUUUGGCAAGGACGCGACCUGGCAGCUGGCCGCUAUGGACGCCUUGAGAAAGGCAAAUCCUGACGAACUUGAGUUGAUGCACGGCCUCACCGCGGCCAAAACGCUGGAGUUUGUGGAUGCCCUUAUUCAGUUUAAGACCUCGGCGGCUGGCCUGGGCGUGGGGAGCGCGUCCGGAGCUGGUGAGUUAGAGUUAUCUGUCCCGUGGGACCUGCUCCCGUACGCGCAGCUGGAGUUGAACGGCCGGUACAGCAACGCGGUACCGGAGCCGGUCGGCCGGUGGGUGUACCGUGCUGACGCCCGCCGCGCCCGCCGCAGCAACAGCACCAGCAGCAUCACCAGCAGCGGUAGCACAGGCGCUGGCAUAAGCACUCGCUGCGCUAGCAGCGCCAGAGACAUCAGCAGCGAGCGCGUGGUUGUGCGCUUCGUGCGGCGUUACGGCGCCGACGCGCACCGCGCCUGGGCGGCGGCGGGGCUGGCGCCGGCUCUGUACGCGGUGCGACCGCUGGCUGGCGACUGGCUGCUGCUCGAGAUGGAGCUGUUGUCAAAGGAGGCGGGCUGGGUCAACCUCGCCCAACUGGUGGUGGCGGCGGCGGACGCUGCCGCGGCUGCUGCUGCUGCUGCUGCGCGCGGUGGCGCCGGCGGCGGCGGCGCAACGGCGGCGGCGGCGGCGGGAGGACGCGAUGGCGCGAGCUGGGCGGCGGCGGACGGAACAAUCCCGGCUCUGGCAGCUAUGCAGCGCGCGGUAGCGUCUGUGCGCGCGGCGCUGGACCGGGCUCACGCCGUGCAGUCGGCCAGGCGCGGCCGGGGCCCGGGGCGGGCCGUGGUGUUCGCGCACGGCGACGUGCGGCCGCAGAACAUCAUGGUGCGGCUGCAGGAAGGAGGCAGAGCCGGCCUCGGCGCUGGCGGCGGCAGCGAUGAAAGCAGUGCCGACGCUGGCGGCGGCGGCGUUGGCGGUGAAGGGUACGACGUGCGCUUCCUCGACUUCGAGUUUGCUGGCGCGGUCGGCGCCGCACGCUACCCGCCGUCCCUGAACAUGGACGUCGCCUGGCCAGCCGGCGUGGAGUUCGACGCGCCGGUGCUGCAGGAGCACGACACCGCGCUGCUAUCCUUAAGCAUCGAGCAGAUGUGGCUGCGGGCGGCGAGCACCGCGCCUCAGCCGCAGCCGCAGCUGCAGUUGCCGCAGUGGCUCCAGCAAUGGCGGGGUGCCGGAACGGCAGCGUCUGCUGCUGCCGCUGCUGCAGCCGGCGCGCCCGCUGCCGACGGAAGUGGCGUUGAGGCAAGGGACAGCGGUAGCGCGCCCAGCGCGAGCCGGCGAGGCAGCAGGCGGCGCGGUCAGCAGCAGCAGCAGCAGCAGCAGCAGCAGCAGCAGCAGCGCGGCUCGCCGCCUGCUAGCAGCACGGCCAACGCCCCGGCGGCUGCGCCGAAGCCGCCAGAGCCCGCGGGACAAUCCUCACCGGCCAACAGCAGCGCGCCGCCUGGGCCGCCAGCAGUGGGUGAUGCCGGCCCGGCGGCUGCCGAGGGCACGGGCGGCCGCGGCCGCGGUCGGCCCCGUGGACGCAAGGGGCAGCAGGAGCAGCAGCAGCAGCAGCAGCAGCAGCAGCAGCAGCAGCAGCAGGGCGGGCCUGCUGCCGGCCGAGGCAUGGGCGGCGGCGACCGCGGCCGCGGUGGCCGCGGCCCCAAGCCACCCGCAUGCUUCUGCGUGCGGGCGACGGCAGCCGCGGCGGCGCCGGCCGUUUCGGCGCGCGCCCUGGCGAGGCCGUUGGUCGCCCGCCCCCUGAGGGCUGCUGUGUGGCUGUAGACUGCGUCAGUGUUGCGGCUGGCAUCUUGCCUAACAGGGUGGCGUUUUAGUGGGCGGAAUGGCGCAAUGGAGCAGCGCAACUACUGGAACAGCUCUUCGUGCACUAGAUUGAUGCAGGGGGGAAAGGAAAGGACCUGGUGGCGCGUUUCGCAGUGAUGAAGGCGGGAAAGGAAAGAAGCUUUAUUAAAGGUUCUCGGGGAAGAGUGCACUGGUGUGGGACGCAUGGGCCCCACUGGCCAUUACCACAUGUAGCAGUAGUCUGCAGCGGACAUACGGCGGCUAGUCCCGCUGCCAGCGGACAACACUGAAAGUCUGCGGGUGGUGACAAGUGUUCCCCGGUCACGGGAAAAGGGGCUGAGCCCCUCCACAGUCUGAGGCCAAACAACCUCAUCGCCGGGACAUAGCCGGGGUCGGUUUCCACAGGCACAUAGCCAAACCAGGUGCCUAGCAAUUGCGAUGCCAGCGGAAAAUCGUAAUGCGGGGUUAUUGGCUUUGUCGCCGCAACCUGCACGGAUGUUUAUGCUUAACCUUGAACCAUCACUGCCGGGCAAUGCUUGUUAAGGGCUGCGCGCUUUGCCGAAGGACUCAUCUACUAAACUUGCACUUGCGUGAACAUGGCCAGACGGGCGGUGUAUGAGUAGCGUUGGCGGCAGCUGCUGGGCAGCUGUGCAUUGACAUGUGGGUGGCACUCUGGCACUGCGAGAGGAGGAGUGGGGCUUGGGGGCAUGGGUUUUUUGCAGAGCCAUUGAAACAUCUGUUGUUGUAGCAGAGCCCGCAUGGGAUCCAGACACGGUGAGAGGCACGGCCGGUGGGCAAGUUGCAAGGGCUUGACGCAGCUUGCGCUGUUGCAAUGGGGCAGGGACGCGCACUUGAUACUGGGAAGUGUGCUGCCGAAGGCCAUGGCCUGGACGCAUGUGGAACUUAGGGUACAGCGAUUGGUCCCAGCGGUGCGGCGGGCCAGUCGGCCAAGGACUGACUGCAGCGCAAGGCGCGGACAGGGAUAGGAGGCGUCGUGACAGGGUACGCCGGUUAGAGCUUUUUGACGUGCUUGAAAAACGCAACACGCACAAGCGAACAUGACGUUGUAGAGCCGAGGCCAGUGAGCUAGCACAAGCAAAAGGAAAAGCAGGGGAGGACUGGAGGACUGGAAG